UUCUUCUUCUUCUUCUUCACUCGAUCAGUCAGCUUUCUGCGACUAACCAUAUCUCACUUCUCUCUCUACCCCUCUCUCUCUUUCUCUCUCUAGCCGCCAUGGCUGCGGUGCUCGGCAACAUAGGCCUGUUGCUCGACCUGAACUCGCCGAGAGCCUCGAUUCCCGAUCGCAAGCCGCGCCCCUCGCUGCCCGACGUCGUCUCGAGCUUGGCCAAGAGGGAGCCCCUCCACUUCACCUCCUACCACGCCGCGCCGGGCUCCAAGGGCUUCGAGGUGGACGGGGACGCGCGGGGCCACCGGGCGGCCGUGGUGGCCCGGGGCAAGGCCAAUUCGAAGGUGAACGGGGUCGAUUUCGACGCGGGGUCCAGCGACGAGGACAGCAACGGGAACGGCGGCGGGGGCAACGGGUACGGAGAUGACGAGGAGGAGUUCGACUGGGAGAAGGAGAUGAGGAGGCGGGUGAAGGAGAUGGAGGAGAUGAAGGAGCUGGAGCGGAAGGCGGAGGAGCUGCAGGCCCGGGCGGAGGAGGAGGAGGAGGAGGGCGGGGAGGAGACGGAGGAGAAGAAGAAGAUGAGAGUCAGGAAGGAGCUUGAGAAGGUGGCUAAAGAGCAGGCGGAGCGGCGAGCCACAGCCCAGCUGAUGUUUGAGUUGGGUCAAAAAGCUUACGGAAGAGGAAUGUAUGGAAGGGCAAUCGAGUUCCUAGAGGGUGCGCUUACGAUCAUUCCUAGGCCUACAUUGUUUGGCGGUGAGAUUCAGAUAUGGCUCGCAAUGGCAUAUGAGGCUAAUAAUCGUCACGCAGAUUGUAUUGCACUUUAUCAACAGUUGGAGAAGAAGCACCCUAUUGUUAGCAUUCGACGUCAAGCUGCAGAGCUGAAGUAUAUCCUUCAAGCACCUAAGUUGAAAAUUUCACAGGAGGAGAUGGUUACCAUUCCGCUGAUAGGAUCCAGCUAUGACAGUUAUGCAGCAACUUGGAGUGAUAAGUACAAAGACAAGGAUCAAAACAGCAGUUAUCCCUCGACCAACCAACUUCCUUCAUCCAGAGAUUUUCUGGGGGACUUUCUGGUGUGGCGGCCUCCGGUAGGACUCGAGAAAAACAGGGCUUUCUGGGUGGCUUUGACAGUGUGGUUGGGCUUAGUUGGAGCCGCCAUCGUCCUUCAGAGAUGAAGCAGCAGUGGUACAGCUCUCUAGUUACAGAAUUACAUGAUGUCCACGGGGCUCGUGAUAUGUAUCUAUCCAAUUGUUUUGUGGUCAAACGGUGUCGAGUCUCACGUGAUAUAUAGUUUCCAGUUCGUGAAGAACUGUGUCCUUCACAUCCAAAUGCAAUUCUUGAAUUUGUUAUCGACUGGUGCCCUCGAAAUUAUUGGGGUGUUGGCGGAUGCUUCAGAUGUUGGGAAGAUAGUUGUAUUGUAUUGCCUAAAAAGAUGUAUGUUUUUACUUCUCUUCA